GUCUCUGGAAACGGAGAAACUGGACUUUAAUUCAUAUAAUGAACCUUUACUGGACUACUUCAUUUCGUCCAUUUUCUUUUAUUAUGAAUACUGUAUAUUGAUUUGUCAAUGAGCAUGUAUGACUCGGCAACCAGCAUUUUUAUUAAAAAUAUCUAUUAAGUUAUUUCUAGUCUUAUAAUAAUAUCAGAAAUAACAAAACAGAUGACUUCUCUAUGUGAAAUAAAACAGGGAGAAAAAAGCAGCCCUUGCUGAGUUUAUUGCCAGUUCUUCUCAGUACAAGGUCUCCCGCCGAAGUUUUUCAUUUAGACUUUCACAAUUAGACCAGCCGUAGCCGUAGACUUUCAUGACUACAAGUGCUUCUUACUGAAUAAAUUUCGGCGGUAGGCGGGAAACACGAAAAGUUCGUUCUCUUAUAAAAAUCGUAAAAAAAAAUACUUACAAUUGCUAAAUUUCAUAAUUUAUUCAAUUUUAUAGUUAUAUUUUAAGCACAAAUCACUAUCUUACGUUAUCUAAUCAUAUAGUACAUGAUUACUUAAUUGUGCUUUAAUAUUCUGUCUUGUCGGUUAUUUACUUCACUUCCACUGGUUUAUUUCUCAAAUGGCGAACAUAACAGCAGUUUUAGAGACACAACAUGCACUAGAGACCAGACUGUUCAACAAAAUGAAUGAACUGGAGGAACGGUGGAAGGCAACUCCUGCACAGGCCGAUAGUUCACUUACUCGUCUGCAAGAGGAAUUUCUGGGGUUCAAAAUUGAAAUGCUUUCUGUCCUUCAACUUCUUCGUAGUCAAGUCUCAGAGCUCUGCAGAUCCGUUGAUGAUUUAGAAAUGCGACAUCGAAGAAAGUAUCUGCUAGUAAGCGGCAUUCCUGAAGACACCAAUAGUGAUCUUCCUAAAUCCAUUGUCAGUGUAUUUGUCAAUAAAAUGGGGCUGGCUUUGACACCAGAAAUGCUCACUGUUUGCCAUAGACUUGGCAGUGCGUCUGAAGGAAGAUGUAGACCUGUGUUGGUGCGUUUCAAGGAGCUCUCCUUGAGGACUGCUGUCUGGCAUAAGAAGACUGCGUUGAAAGGUACAGCACAUACUAUCUCUGAAUUCCUUACUCGCCAGCGCCGGGACGUUUUCAUUAAUGCGCGUAAGCGAUUUGGCAUGAGAAGAUGUUGGACCAUGGACGGAAACGUCAUAGUUAAAUUAAAAAAUGGUUCGAGACAGCGUAUAUACACCGCAUGCGACCUCUCUUCACUCUCGGCCACUGAAGAUGAGUUCCACCAAGCGACUGAUCCUGGCCCAACAGCGCAGGCCUCAGCUUCUCCGGCUUCGCGAGGAAAACUUAGACGGACAGCCAGGGCGAAAAAGUAAUUGUUUCUUCUCUUUAUUAUUUUGUUUGUUAGGGCUUAUAAUUGUUUAUUAACAUAAAUGCAGUAUUCAUUUCAAUAUUUACACUACUCCGGUUAAUAGAAAUUUCUUUUUAUCUUACUACCUACAACUAACACAAAUUUAUCUGUUGUAAGAUUGUAAAUAUCAAAUUAUCUUGGCACAAAUCACAAAUAAUUUCCCAUUAAAUUUUUAAACCUUCACGUCAUUGUCAAUUUUGUGUUGUUGUUAUCUAAUGUACUCUGUGGUUGUUAUAUAUAUAUUUUUUUUAUAUUAGUUGAGUUUAUUCGCCCUGGCUUCCAGCAUAUUGGCUUACGAAACGAUUAUUAAUCGAUUAUUUCUUGUUUUGUUAUCUGAGUUUUUCUCUCUCGUCAGCCGGCAGGACAGAUAUUAUUAAUUGAUAACUAAUUUGAUCGUAGUUUAUUUAUAUUUAUAUAUUAUAUUUUGAUUUAAAUUUUAUACAUAUAACUAUUAACUAUUAUGUCAGAUGAUGAUUCUUUUCAUUCAGCUUUUAAUGACAGUAUUUCCUCUUGUGAUAGCUUUAUCUCACAAUCUGAACCUGAGACUUUGGGUACUCAACUGCACAAUAUUUUUCAAUGCUCUCCCCAUUGCUUCAAUGCUUGCCAUAUAAAUGCUCAAAGUAUACCCUCCCAUUAUACUGAUUUUCUCGCUACAUUUC